AUGCCUCCUCCCCCCCAGACCGUCGCCGUCGUCGGCUCUGGCAUGGCCGGCCUGGUGGCCGCGUACCUGCUUGCCCACGACCGCCAGCGCAGAUUUUGCGUCGAGAUCUUCGAGACGCAAAACCAGCUCUCCCUCGACUCGGCCUCGUUCUCUCUGGCCAGCGACCGGGUCGACAUCCCCAUGCGCGCCCUCGACGACGGCUUCCAUGUGCAGCUGAAGAACAUGUACGACCACCUGGGCGUGGCAUGUACCUCCCCCCGGUUCCUGUAUCCGCUGUCGACCAUCGCCGCCGACGGCAGCAAGACGCCGCCGCACUUUAUCCACUCGUCGAGCAACCACCGCGUGCCGCCGGUGAAGCCCGUCCACUGCGGAUACAUAUCAUGGGCGGUGCGCACGCUCUGCCUGGCCGUCUGCUACCUGUGGUUCACGGCGGCGUGCUUCGUGGUGCGCCCGGGAGACGAGGAGUCGCUGCGCGGAUAUCUCAACCGGAUUCACCUGCCGCGCUUCUUCAUCGCCACCUAUCUGCUGCCGCUGAUGUCGAGCGUGACGACGUGUCCGCACGAGGCGCUGCUGGCCUUCCCGGCCGUCGACGCGGUGCAGUACGCGCGGAAAACGUAUCGCCAGCCUCACUAUACCGUGGUCGGGGGCGUGCAGGGCGUCCAGACGAAGCUGGCCGAGGGCCAGACCGUGCGGCUCGGCGCGACGGUGACGGCGGUUGAGAACCGAGGCUCCAAGACGAGACUCUCCUGGACGCAGUCCGACGCCGUGCUCCUGUCCGCCGAGUUCGACCAUGUCGUCCUGGCCGUCACCCCCAACGUCGUCGCCUCCAUCUAUCCUGCGCUCCGGGAGUCGAUGCGCUGCAUCCCCGUCGUCGUCGGCGAGUCGGUCGUCCACCGCGAUCUCUCCUCGCUGCCCCCGGCAUGCCAGUCGCUGAACCGCGGUGCGGCGGAGAUCCUGCACAUCUGCUCCGAUGGGUCGUCGACCGAGUCGAUCCAUGUCUAUCCCUCUGCGCUGGUGACCAACUUCCCCAUUGCGCCCAUCGAUCCCGACAAAGUCCUUCACCGUGCCCGGUUGACGAGAGUCCUGCGCACCCCGACCAGCCGGAGGACGGUCAAUGAGAUCUUCGCGUCGGGGGCAGACAGGGGGGAGAAAGCAUGGCGCAACGGAGAUGGAAACGUCUGGCUCGUCGGUGCGUGGUGCUGGGACGGGAUGGUGCUGCUGGAAGGAUGUGUGGUCUCUGCCAUGCGAAUGGCAGAUAGUCUAGGCGUGCAGGUGCCGUGGAGGAGGUAG